AUUUUCAUUACUCUUCGUCCGAUUCAAAUACGUAUACUGAUAUGUAAAUAAACACUUCGUUCAUAUAACUAAUAUAAAAUAUGUUGGUUCCAAAAUAAUAUUUAUUUUCCCAAGAUGAGUACCCAUGUUCUCAAGCCCCCAAAAUUGAGACGAUACCACAUAUUAGAAAGUGUCAGCUCAAAAACAUUUAUCCCUCGAGAAUAUCAAGUUGAACUUCUUGAUACAGCUCGGAAAAAAAAUACCAUAAUAUGCCUUGGUACUGGCACAGGGAAAACCUUUGUAGCUGUUAUGCUUAUAAAGGAAUUUUCUCACCAGAUUCGAAAAUCUCUUAUAAACGAUGGAAAAAGAACUGUUAUGUUGGUUCCUACUGUACCUUUGGUUCUCCAACAAGCCAAAGUGAUCAUGGACUGUACAGAUCUAACUGUGGGUCAGUAUUUUGGAAAUGAAUCUGAAAGAUGGUCUAAAGAAAAUUGGAUUAAUGAAGCUGAAAAAUAUCAGGUUUUUGUAAUGACUGCAGAUAUUUUUAAAAUGAUUCUGCUUCAUGGUUUCCUACCUCUUUCACUUUUUAAUCUUAUUAUAUUUGAUGAAUGUCAUAGAGCCACUAAAAAUCAUCCUUACUGUGAAAUUAUGAAAUGCUUCGAUGUAUGUAUUCCAGAAAAUCAGCCUCGAAUUUUGGGACUUAGUGCUUCUUUAAUUAACAGCAAAUGCCAACCUUUGAGAAUAGAGUAUGAAAUAAAGCAGUUGGAAAGUGUUUUAAAAUCCUCUGUGGAAACUGCUAGUGAUUUGACAGCAUUGAGUAAAUAUGGCUCAAAACCUAAAGAAUUCAUUACAAUAUAUGACUCAUAUAGUGAUGAUGACCCAGUUUUAAGUAAUGUGAUAUCAUUAAUCAAUAAUGCAUUAGUUUUUUUAGAUACAAUCAAUAUUAAACAUGAUCCAGAGGAUUAUUUAUCGCACCCUUGUAGGCAACCAAGGCGAUAUUUAAUUGAAUUGUCUUAUGUCAUAAUGGAUCUAGGAUUAUGGUGCUCUUUAAAUGCUAUAAAACUUUUUAUGGAAGAGAUUGAUUUCACACUAGAAUCUUUAUAUUCUCCUGAACACAAACGUUUUUUAAUGCUCACUAGAACUGUUUUAUUAUCUGCUGAAGUACAAAUUCAAAGUCUUUUAGAGAGGAAUGAUCUGCAAACUAAUCUUAUUCAUAAAAUUCCUCCUAAAUUAAAAACAUUACUGAUUCUUUUAGAACCAUACAGGCCAUCACUAACUUCUAAUGAAGAAAAUAAAAAAUCUUUUGAGAAUGACUCUGUCAUUAAAAUUUAUAUGAACAAGGAUGAGACUGUCUCUGAGAAACUUAAUAAUGCAUCAGAUAAUUGUCACAAUAGUUCACAGAGUGCAAAGGAUAAAAUCAUGCUUAAUGAUUGUCAAACAAGUCGAAAUGAUUUUAAAGUUAGACGAGAAAAGAAAUACAAUUUUACUCCUGAUGAUAGCAAGACUUUAUGUGGUUUAAUUUUUGUGCAGCAACGCAUAGCAGCAUUUUUGUUAAGUGAAUGGCUUUCUGCAAUAAAAGACAACCUCCCAGAAUUCAAUUUCUUGUCUCCAAGCUACAUAAUUGGACAUGGAAAAAAUAUGAGUGGCAUGAAACGCAUUUUGAUGGGAUUUCAGAAACAGGAAGAAGUUUUGCAAAAGUUUAGAACUAAAGUGUAUAACCUUGUUGUUGCUACGUCUGUUGUAGAGGAAGGUAUGGAUAUUCCUAAAUGUAAUGUUGUGAUUCGAUUUGAUCCACCCGAGAACUUCCGCGCUUACAUACAAUCCAAAGGACGAGCCCGAGUUAAUGAUUCAACAUAUAUAUUAAUGGUAAAAUCUACAAACAGGGCAGCAUUUGUAGAUACUUUAGCUGAUUAUAAAACAGUGGAAGAACUACUUUUAAUGAAAUGUCAUAAAGCUGAUCAUGAUAUGGAAGAGCCAAUAAAUGAAGUCACUGUUGAUGAUUUAAUCAAGCCAUACAUGCCUGUAAAAGAAGAUGGUGCUGCCAGAGUUACACUUUCAUCUGCUAUUGCCUUGGUGAACAGAUAUUGUGCAAAACUUCCCAGUGACACAUUCACACGAUUAACACCAAAAUGGAAAAUACAAGAGGAGAAUUCCAUGUUUCGCUGCAUUCUCAAGUUGCCUAUUAAUUCACCUUUAAAAAAACCUAUUGUUGGAACUUGGAUGAAAAGCAAGAAGCUUGCAAAAAUGGCUGUGGCAUUGCAAACAUGCAUAGAAUUACAUAAAAAUGGUGAGCUGGAUGACAACCUUAUGCCAACUGGAAAAGAAGCUGUAAAAUCUGAUGAUUUUCUGUUAGAUGAGAUGGAUGAAUGUAUAAAGAAGGAUGAAUUAUUCCUGAAACAAGAAAAAACUGAUGAGAUUUUGAAAAAAGAUGAUGAAACUAGAAAAGUAGCACGUCCUGGUACUACUAAAAGAAGAAUGUAUUAUUUCAAAAAAGUUGCUGAUGCUCUUAAAAACAGUCUCCCAGUGGCAGAUAAAGUAUGCUAUUUAUACAGUUUUGAUAUGAAGUUGACGUGCCCAAUUCCUGAGGAACAAAAUACUAGAGGUCGUAAAAUUCAUGAUCCAUCAAAUACCUUACGAAGAUUUGGAAUUCUUACUUGUAAGCCAAUACCUCCAAUUUGCAGCUUUCCUGUGUUUACAAGAUCUGGUGAAGUUACUGUGAGUCUUAAACCUGCUGCUUCUAAUAUGGUAUUGAGUAAAGAAAAACUUGAAAGUUUGGCAUACUUUCAUCGUUACACAUUUUCUGACGUUCUUCGACUAGAAAAAUAUCCAAUGAGCUAUAAACCUUUAGAAUCGGAAGCUUCCUUUUAUGUUGUACCUGUUACGCUUGGUACAGGAGAUGAAGUUGUAAUUGAUUGGAAAUUUGCCGAUUUGAUAUUUCAACAAAAAAAUGGCAAGCCCCAAAAACCAUCUGAAGAAGAGAGAAAAAAAUUUAAAUUCAUUCUUGAAGAUUAUCAAGAUGCUGUUGUCAUGCCAUGGUAUCGUAAUUUAGAUAAACCCCAAUUUUUCUAUGUUGCUGAAAUUUGUUGGUCUCUGACACCUAAAAGUGAUUUUCCUGAUAUGGAAUAUGAAUCAUUCGAAGCAUAUUAUGAAAAAAAGUAUGAUAUUAAAAUAAUGAAUCAUGAUCAACCUCUUUUAGAUGUAGAUCAUACCUCAGCUCGAUUAAAUCUCUUGACACCCCGUUAUGUGAAUCGCAAAGGGGUAACUUUGCCUACUAGCAGUGAGCAGACUAAACGUACAAAACGAGAAAAUUUGCAACAGAAACAGAUCCUCAUACCUGAGCUCUGUACUGUGCAUCCAUUUCCUGCCUAUCUGUGGAGAAAAGCUGUUUGCUUGCCUUGUAUUCUGUAUCGUCUGAAUUCUCUACUUCUUGCCGAACAACUUCGGCUAUUAGUUGCGAAUAGUAUUUCUAUUGGUAUUAAACAGUUACCCGAAGAUUUUCAGUGGCCUCCACUUGAUUUUGGGUGGAAUUUAGCUGAUAUUCUUAGCACUCAAACAGAAGAAAAACAAAUGAAAAAAUCUAGUGAUCAUAAAGAUAUUUAUAAUUCUAGUCAGAAGAAUGGUUAUAUAAUUCCUCAGAAUACAUUCAAUUCAAAUACAUAUGAAUAUCAUGAACCUGAAAAUAAUUUGAAUAACACAAUGGAUUUUGAAAUUGAUGUUUUCGAUCCAAGCAAAGUUUUUAUUCCAGAUGAUGAUGCUCUGUUAGAGCAGGAACUUAAUGAAAUUAAUUUCAAUAUGGGUGCACCUCUUUUUGAUACCAAUAGUUUCCCAAUUUCUCUUGGCGGAAAUAAUUAUACUCCACAAAUGAAUGCCUUUCCUAUUUGGCAGCCUAAAGCUAAUGGCAAUAAUGAAGAUGGUAGCUCACAAGUUCGUUGUGGCUCCCCCAGCUUUUUUGAAGGUUCUGGUUGGGAUUCAGAGUGGGAUACUGAAGAUACCGACACUCCAUUUCUUCCGGUGGAUCUUCAGGGUUUGGGAUACAUAUCUGCUCCUGGUAUUAUUAAUAUGCAAAGUCUCUCUAAAGAUUUAGCUUCAUGCAAAGCUGAUGAUGUUUGGGAUAGCAUGGAUGAAGAUUCAUUAAAUAGUGAUGAUGAAGAAAAUUUGACUUUUAAUAAUCAGUUAAAUUCAUACGGCCAAAAUGAUACUAUAAAUUCUAAAGUUUCAAAAAACUGUGAAGAAAUUUGUGAGUGCAGUUGGCUAACAUGCCCUGUGUAUAAAGAUGAUUCAAUGAGUACUCAGAAUAAUGUGGAUGAUGAUGUGGAUGAAAAUAUUACUUUGAAUAUCAUGAAGCUCAAAGCAUACAAGAAAAAAAAGCUGACUUACUUAUAUUCCAAUGUGAAUGUUGAAAACUCUGCCAAUUCAAACUCAGCAUUUGAUGAAAUACUUCAGACUGUUUCUCAGAGUGAAAGGAACUUAAUUCCAAAUACUGCUGCAACAAGCUGUGAUACGGAACAAGAUACAAAUAGCUUUGUAUCUAGUGACAAAAUUAUAUCUGGAGCAGUUAAAUCGGAGCACAUUUUGGCUUUUGGAGAACUUCUUCCUGAUAGAGAACAACAUCAACUAUUUGAUAAUAUGAAUCGUGUGUCUUUUGAUGAAAAUCCAGAUCUGUCGCAUCAUCCAGGGCCAAGCCCAAGCAUCAUCCUUCAAGCCCUGACUAUGUCUAAUGCUAAUGAUGGUAUUAACCUGGAGCGUUUAGAAACUGUUGGAGAUUCUUUCCUUAAAUAUGCAAUAACUGUUUACCUCUUUUGUAUGUAUCCUAAUAUACACGAGGGAAAAUUGUCUUACUUACGAAGCAAACAAAUUAGUAACUAUAAUCUUUACAAACUUGGUAAACGAAAAGGCCUAGGUGAAUUGAUGGUGGCCUCAAAGUUUGAACCUUAUGAUAAUUGGCUUCCUCCUAACUAUAUUGUUCCUAAAGGGCUAGAAGAAGCUUUGAUUGAAUCCGGUAUUCCUUCAGGAUCUUGGAAUUUAGGGAAUUGGAGUGAUCUAACUCAAAUGACUGAAGAGGAAAUUCGACAAUCAAUUAUUGAUAGAACAAAAAUGCAUUUCUUUGAAAAUCCUAAUGGCAUGUCUAUAGAUUCUAUUAAUCCAUCUUCACUCAUACCUUAUAAUUUACUCACACAACACAGCAUACCAGAUAAGAGUAUUGCUGAUUGUGUUGAAGCCUUAAUAGGCGCUUAUUUAGUUUCAUGUGGUUCAAGAGGAGCAUUAUUGUUUAUGUCAUGGCUAGGACUGCGAGUUUUACCAACUCACAAAUCAGAGGACAGCAGUAUGAUAGAAUAUGGUUUCUUACAGCCUCCACCUCCACCCAUCCUAACAAAGGAGCCUAAAUCAAAUCUGAAAUUAGAAAAACUUCUUUCUGGUUAUUCUGCAUUUGAAGAAAAGAUCGGUUAUUGUUUUAAUGAUAAAUCUUGUUUAUUACAGGCAUUUACUCAUGCAUCUUACUAUUACAAUACUUUGACAGAUUGUUACCAAAGACUUGAAUUCCUAGGUGAUGCUGUGCUGGAUUACUUAAUAACGCGGCAUUUGUAUGAAGAUCCAAAGAAACAUUCCCCGGGAACUCUGACCGACUUGCGAUCUGCUUUGGUUAACAACACUUUCUUUGCAUCCUUAGCUGUAAAAUAUGAUUUCCAUAAAUUUUUUAAAGCCAUAUCACCCGGACUAUUUAAUGUUAUUAACAAAUUCGUUCAACUUAAGGAGCAUAAUUCAAGACUGGAAGAUUAUUUGCAAGCAUACUAUCUUGAGGAGGAAGAAUGUGAAGAAAUGGAAGAUGUUGAAGUACCUAAAGCUUUGGGUGAUAUUUUUGAAUCAGUUGCUGGUGCUAUCUAUUUAGAUAGCAAUAUGUCACUUGAUACUGUUUGGAGAGUGUAUUAUAGUAUGAUGAAACCUGAAAUAGAAUAUUUUAGUAAUCAUGUACCAAAAUCACCUAUAAGAGAAUUGUUAGAAUUAGAACCUCAAACUGCCAAAUUUGAACGUGCAGAAAUGACUGUGAGUGGAAAAGUUCGAGUAUGUGUUGAUGUUUUUGGUAAAGGACAAUUUGUUGGAGUUGGUCGAAAUAAACGAAUUGCUAAAUGUACAGCUGCCAAACACGCUCUACGCGAGCUAAAAAAAAGCAAAAAACUGUGAU